AAGCAUUAGUGAAGCUGUAAUACUUGUGUUGAACUGAAAAAAUAAAUAAUAAUGCAGUUGUCUGUUUUAAUCUGACAUAAACAACAUAUAAUGAACUAUUAAAAAAUAUUACAAGGACCUCAGUAAUGUUUACAUCCAACACACUUUAGGCAACUAUAACUCUGAGAAAGAAGCCGAAAAACAUUAGAUAGACAGCCAAAAAUCCCCUAUAAUGUUCACCUCGAAUCAACCCUGAAGCGGUGGGCGUGGCCCAGCACAGGUGAGUGGCAGGAGGAGGACGUCUCAAACACAGGAAGCAGAGAGAAGUGGGCUGUUCCGUCUUUUCUUGGCACUAACGACAAUACGACUACUUUGUGUGCGGUGUCCAAAAGGCAGAGGAAAAUGCCCGAGAGGGUGAGACCCCACCAGAAGAGUGAAGUGUACAAUGACUACAAGAGCAGGGCCAGAGACUACUCUCACGACGGAGACCCCCAAUCGUACGAUGGCAGAGAUCGCAACCACAAGCCGAGAGACAUGGACAGAGGCUCUGCUGGUGACAGGCGGAUCAAACAAAACAGACAGAGGGACAUGACAACUGGCUCUCAUGAGGAGCCUGGUUACAGAGAGCAGGGCCCUGAAGCACCCUCCAGACCGUCCAGAGAGACGCCGCUCUAUCGCUCUGAAGUGGAGCCUUAUGAGCAGCAACAACGCAGACGAGCUCUUUACAAUCUCAGAUACAUCUUAACCAGCCGAGGUCUCUGCCAGCUUAUGGAGCUGUUUGUGAAUCUGCUCGUGGUCAUCUGUGCCGGAGUGCCGUACAGCAACAACGGGGGCUACCGUGACCUGGCCAGCCUCGGUGGAAUCUACUAUUAUCAAUUUGGUGGAGCCAAUGCCUUCCUGGGGGCCGAUGCAGAGCGCGUGAAGUACCUCGACCAACAGUUCCAUCAGCUCAAGAGACCUCCGUAUGUCUUCACCAUGGCCUGCGGCGGGGUUUUAAUGAUCUACGCAUGUGCAAUGCUUGCCUUGGGGGUUUUCAGGGUCCCUUACCGCUGGCCCCCUGUGCUGAUUGGAGAGGCUCUGCUGAACCUCCUGAUCGGCCUGGGCUACAUCCCUGCGCUGGCCUUCUUCUUCAUCAAGGUGCAGAGCACCUACAACGACGCUAUCUGCACGGAGAGAGAGCAGAUGUACAAGAGCAAAGGACACAAGGGCUUUGAAUGCCAGUUUCACGGUGCGGACAUCGCAGUGGGCCUCUUUGCGGUGCUGGGGGUGUUUGUUUUCCUCUUCGGUGCAGUGUUGGCUGUCAGAGCUUUCAGGUCAGUGCGAGAGCUGAAGAAGCAAAGGACCGACGAGGACAACAAUUUCUAAGACUUUCAUCUGUGACAUUCGAACAAAAGUGGAAUUGAUCACAGGUCCAUGUGACAUGACAACAUGUCAUAUAAGGUGUUAUUUUUAAACUAGUUGAAUGGGAUUUAAAAAAAAAAUCUUUUUAUACUUACGAAGAAGUUUGUCUUUUUUUUGUUUUUUAUAGAAUAUUUUUUAUUUCUACUACUUUUCCAGUUUACAUGGUUUUGUAUUGUAUGUUACAUCUUCUAUAAACCACUCAAAUAUCAAGUAUUAAUCAUUAAUAUGUAAUAAAAAGCCCUGGGAAUAAAAAGCAGAUGGAGAAAGUUUGAUUGCCAGAAAUACUCACAGGUAAUAUUUAUAAACUCUUUGUAGGGCUCACAAACACAACAAUACCACAAUUGUCCAGUUGUACUUUAGUUUUAGAAUCAGUGUCUGAUAUGUCCCCCAUUUUCAGUCCAUUGGGCUUCUAUUGAUCUAGAUCUCCUUUCAGCUAAAAUCAUGUGUUUUGGAUUGAAAUCAUUGUGCAUUCCUAAAAUCUCAACGGACUACGAGUGAAGCUCAUUCUGUGAGUAUCUAAUCCUGCCACUUGGCUCUUGAUUCAGAGGAUUUCCGUGAAGGAAAAACUGAACAAUUUUUCGAAACCAAAUGUCUCUAGCUCUUGAAUGGAGAAUAUCUUAACUAUAAGAUAAUAGUUUGUAAUGUGAAGAAUGCAACAAAGUUUUGGCGAUGACUUUUACAAGAGUUACAGUUGUCAUUCUGAGCUUCACCAAUAGAUGGCACAUCUACUGUGAUCAGAAGGUUCACCAUGGCUUCAACAUAUUCGCUCCAAAUCACAUACUUACAACUGCAACAACACACAGAGGCAUUCAAUUGGGAAAUCCCACUUACUCAUACUAGUGCACCUUGAAUUUUGCUCACAUAUUUGCUGAGCAGAGGAUUGUGGGUCAGAAUAUCCAGGAAAGCACGCUUGUUUGCAUACUAUGAAAUGUGACUGGACUAGGUAGGACAUACUGCUAUUUUUUAUGCAUACAGCCUUGGACAUUCUCUGUAUUGGGACAUACCCAAUAGCAUAGUAGUAUGGAUAUUGGAACCAAGAGAAGGCUUAAUU